AUGAAUUCAUAUAUCUUUAAUAGGUCCCAAGGAUCUAUUCGCCCUUCUCAAUUCCAUCUUGCGCAAUGCACACGCCUUGUCCAUGGUCUCGCUCCUGCGCUAGGUAUCCGGUUCUCUGCAGGCAAGCAGCAUGAGUCCCAGACAGGAGCAGCCGACGUAACUAAAGGGAGCCCUGAUACAUGCCAUUCAGAUCUAGACGUUGGUGAUGUCUGGGCACAUAAAGCCGGUGUUAAUGUUUUAGCAAUCGAUCAGUACGAGAAACGGUAUAUGAUCUCAGGUGGCGCAGAUACCUCUAUUCAUUUGUGGGAUUUAGAAAGUCGAGGAACAGAACUUAGCUACCUUCAUAAACCAAUUGCUUCCGUCUCAAAACAAACGAAUACCUUAACCCAUACUCAUGCGCUGACGUCUCUCUCGAUAUACCCAUUCGAUCCCACGCCGUCAACGAUCCUGAGUACUUCGCAUGACGCUACAUUGAAAUUGUCUAGCCUUGGGGAGUCUGAUAUCACUACAGUUCACACAUUCAAUAUCCAUUCAACGCCCUAUUCUCACUCACUGUCGGCGCACCAGGCAUCUCAUUUACUUAUUGCAGUCGGUACGUCAGAGAAUGCUAUUCGGCUACUAGAUCUUCGCUCAGGAUUAUCAACCCACGCUCUUCCGGCUCACACUGGAGCUGUUAUUUCCGUCCAAUGGGCUCCGCAUAACCCUCAUAUAAUAGCCUCAGCUUCAAAAGACAAUCGAGUUAUUAUUUUUGAUGUCAGGCGGGGCGGCCGUAACUCAGCAAUAGCUUCCUUUGAUAUGGACGACUCGGUUGGUGUCCUAUCGCCUGAAAGUCUCACCAACCAGAAAACUGGGAAACUAUACAACUCUAGAUCCCGUGCUCAUAACGGUACGGUGACCGGAGUGAGGUGGACAUCAAAUGGUAGCCAUUUAUUAAGUGCAGGUCAAGAUUCACGAAUUCGCGUUUGGGACGCAUCUACAGGCGCGAACACCCUCGUCCAUUUUGGCCCUCGCAUACGAAAUAGUGCUUCUCUGCAUCUUGCUGAACGAGCCCCUCUUGUUCUCCCUGAAAGCAAUAGUGCUGUAACCCUCUCGCCAGGUCAUGAGGCGGUGCUCUGGCCAAAUUUUAACGACCAAGACGACAGGGGUGAAAUCUUCAUGUUUGGAAUUCAUGAUGGCGUUCUACUCAAACACCUACGAGUACCAGGCUUGAUAUCCAGAGAAAAAUUACGUGGAAGACCUACCGCUCUGAGUGCUGCGAGAAUCAAUGCCCUUGCUUGGCGGAGUAAUGGAGCCUCUGGAGAAGGGAUGGAAAUGUUUUCGGCUCACGGCGAUGGUACGAUUAGGUCGUGGGUCUCUCAAACCCAGGAAGACGAAGAUUUUAAGGCAGAGACUACCCGGGGCGAACGAGAGGAAAAGAAAAGAAAAAGGGAUAUUCUUAACGAGGUAUACCGCAAUCUUAUACAGCCGGGUAUUAGCUUCACCUAG